UAAGCCUCCAAAAGUACGGGUCGAAAUGAUUAAGAUUAAAGAAAACUUUCUGCAAGGCCAAAACCAAUAUUCUGGAAAUAUAAUUGCGAACAGUGAAAGGUAAGCUUGCCUCUCUAAUUCCAGAAAGAAUGAAGAAGGAGAAGCUGUUUGGAGAUGAUUUCCUAAUUCUACUUUCAGUCUUCAGAUUACGAGGAAGAAAUUAGGAAGUAUUUCUUACAGAAAACCCCAAGAAUGCACUGAUCAACUCUCUGAUAACCCUUGAAUGUUGAUUAAGAAAUGAAAAUAAGAGUGCAAGAGGGGAGAAGGAAUCAAAACCUCCAAACAAACUUCCUAUGAAAGUGUCCAGAAAUGCUAUCACCAACACAGAGGAUUAUUCCCCUAAAGAAGAAGUUGUAUAUGCUCCUAUAAAACAAAAGGAGCUAUUUAUGAAUGGAUCCAAGCUUCAGAUUAAUCUCCAAGAUGGAGGGACUCGCCGAACUUUUGAUGAUAAUGAUAACCAUUACUCAUCUAUGCAUAGAGAGCAUCAUGACUCAAGUUUUAACUCAUUCAGGUAUUUUAAGAAUAGUAACAAUACCACUCCAAAAGAGAAGUAUGGUAAGAUAAGAGGAAACAUCUGUUUGAAAACUGAAGGCAUCGCCAAGAGAAACUCUGAUCGAAAGAAUUUUUGGAAAGACUGGAAAUUAGAAAAAUAUACAGAUGAAAGACUUCAGAAGCAGUCUAAGUAAGCUCAUGACUAACACCAGGUUUUUUAAAUGGAAGAAAGAUUUUGAAAGAAGACUUAACACUAGAUCAUCUUCGAAAAAUAAACUGAUAGAUUACAAAAUGAGUGACCUGAAUAAGAUCCUAACUGCUAAAAUGAAGACUAAGAAGUCUAAGAAAUCUCUUAGAUUAUUCAAUAGAAUUCACAAUAGUGUUGAUGAAGGAAAAGACAAGAGCAAUGUGAAGUUUAGAGAAGUUAUCAAAGGAGCUGAUACCUUCUCUAUUGGUAAUAAUUGGGUCAGAAAUAAUCCCAAACAAAUAAAAUUUAAGAAGAAUAUUCCUACUAUUACCCAAAAAUUAAAGGCUUUACCUAAGAAAGAAAUUUUCGAAGGCCAUAAAGAAAUAUUUCGAUCGUUAGACAUAAAUUCAACUACUGAUGAUGAAGAAAUGAAGUAUAGAAAUUUGGCCAAUGAAAAUGUAACACCCAAGGUAAGAUUUUGCAAAAGGCAGAAAAUAUUUGACCAAGCUUAUUUGAAUCAAGAACAGUGGAAGACAAACCUGAGCCAUAAGCUUCAUUGGUUCAAUAAGAUUGGGAACACUUCCAUUAUUAAGUCUAGAAGAAAUGUUAAGAUCCCAGAUUGUAUCUAACGAUUUGAGUUUAAUUCCUGAAUAAUUUCUAAACUCACCUGCAAGUAUCAUCCCAAAUAU